AUGAGUUUUGGAUUCGGCGUUGGCGAUUUUAUUGCCGUUAUUGGGCUUGCGCGUCGAAUCCGUAAGAACUUCGUAGGAGCGCCUAGUCAGUUCCACGAAAUAUCCGCCGAAGUUCGAAGUCUCGAUAUUGUUCUCCAAGAUGUCGAAGUCGGGGUCUCGGAUCAAGAGCUUGAAGAGAACCACAGAAGAAACCUAGGAAAAACCCUGAAAAGCUGUGAACACGUUCUACUUGAUGCGGAGAAAUUGAUCAUGAAAUACAAGUUGCUAGAAGUUAAACAACCCCAUGUAUGCCACAAGGCAAUACGGACGUUGAGAAAAUUCACAUGGGAUCCUGCUGAAAUAUCCAACCUUCGAGACCGCAUCGUAUCGAAUGUUACGCUCCUUGAUACUUUCCUCACAUUUUUAUCAGGCCAAAGCAUCUUGAAAAUUGAGAAGGGGGUAGAUCGGCUAAACGAGAAAUUGGAUAAUGGAGAGCGGCUUGAAAUUCUCAAAUGGCUUACUACUAUGGAUCAUAUGUCCAGACAUGCGAAAUUAAUCAGCGAAUGGCAAGAAGGAACUGGACAGUGGCUUAUUGACUCAACCGUCUACCAAGAUUGGGUGAACACCGCGACCAAAACAUUGUUUUGCUCGGGAAGCCCGGGCGUUGGGAAGUCGAUUUGCGCCUCAAUUGUGAUUGACAACUUAAUAUCAACUCUCGGAAGGCAAUCAGAGAUUGGAAUUGCGUACAUUUAUUGCGACUACAAAAGACACAGCAAAGAAGAGCUGGCAAACAUACUUCUUAGUCUUCUGAAACAGUUGAGCCAAACGCGAUCUUAUCUUCCAAGAAGCGUGAGUGAAAUGCACGAUCGCAAUGUUGAAAAUCACAAGCGCCCAUCUUCAGAAGAGAUUUCAGAAACAAUCUGCUCAGUUGCAAAACUAUAUCGUCGCGUUUUUGUUGUCAUUGAUGCUCUUGACGAAUUCCGGGCCUUUGAUAACUGUCAAUCAAGACUGAUGGAGGAGGUUUUUCACAUCCAAUCCCGGGUUGGGCUAAACCUCUUUGUCACUUCGAGAGUCACGAAAACCACAGAAACGACCGCGGCUUUCCACGAUAAUCGCCUCGAGAUUCGUGCCAGCGAAGCUGAUAUAAGGCGAUAUCUCCAAGCCAAUAUGUUCCGACUUCCUGGGUUCGUCAAUCGAAACAGCGCACUUCAGGAGGAGAUAAUCAGACAGAUUGUGAGAAUUGCAGACGGCAUAUUCCUUAUUGCGCGUCUUCAUCUUGAGUCUUUGGAGGCAACCAAAAGCAUCAAGCACCUUCGACGUGCUCUCUCGAAUCUCUGCCUAGGGACGGCAGAAAAUUGUUAUGCCAGUGUGUAUGAAUCUGCAAUGGAGCGCAUUCAAGAUCAACUAAAACCACGGCAGGAAUUAGGCAUGGAGGCCUUAAUGUGGAUCGCGUGUGCUAGACAACGGCUCCGGGUGUACGAACUUUGUUGUGCACUUUGUGUUGAAGAAGGCGAUUCCGAUAUUGAUGAAGAAAGUCUCUCGGAAAUCGAAGACAUCAUCUCAGCGUGCGUGGGUUUGAUUACGAUUGAAGGCGGAUAUGUUCGUCUCGUUCACCAAACAACGCAAAAAUACUUUGAUCAGACUAAAGAGAAGUGGUUCCCCAAUGCGGAGGCCAGAAUUGCGACGCUAUGCAUUACGUAUCUUUCAUUCAAGAUAUUCGAAUGCACGAACUGCAACUCUGAGGUCGGCAAAUGUGAACGCGAUCCCGAUUGUGAACUUGAGCUUUGCAUGAAAACAAGCGAAAACAGUUUCUGCUAUUAUGCGGCAGAUAACUGGGGCCACCACGCCCGCGCAGCGCUGGAAAUUCCUAGGAACGUAACGGAAUUUUUGCUCGAUGAAACGAAGAUGACAGCAUCAGCCCAGAUGAUAUGGGAAAAGCGACAUGAUUUUGAGUUGGAUAUCGGAGCUUAUGGUGAAGAAGUCCCUAGUCAAGUGGCGGGACUUCACCUGGCAGCUUAUUUUGGGCUUACGGAGUUUGUCUUGACGGUUCUGGAACAAAAUCAUGUUGUUGAUAUGCGUGAUACUAUGGGCAACUCCCCACUCAUGUGGGCUACGAUUGGAAAUCAAACGGCGGCCAUGGCUCUUCUUCUUGAGCGGAGCGCAAAUGCCAAUAUCAAGGACAUAUUUGGCGAUACACCACUCAUUAAUGCCUCAAGGGAGAGUGCUUUGACAGCUGUGCAGCUACUUAUCGAAAAAGGCGUUGACGUUAAUGUUGGAAAUAAAUAUGAUCAGACUGCACUCCAUGCCGCGGCGCACAAGGGUCAUGAGACAAUUGUCCAGCAACUUCUCACCUAUGGAGCUAGCAUUAAUUCCCGGGCUAAAUUGACUGGCACAGCUCUCAACUCGGCAUUAGUAUCUCAUCACUUGGGCGUUGCCCGGCUGCUUAUUGAAAGCGGUAUUGAUGUCGACUUUCCGUCGGAGAACUUUGGUUCCCCUCUUCGGCAAGCAGCAAAAUCGGGCUUUCAGGACAUUGUUCGAUUACUCCUGCAAAAUAAUGCUAAUGUCCACGCUAUUGAUGAGCGCAGGGGGACAGCUCUCCAGGCGGCUGCAAGACAGGGAAACCAAGAGAUUAUUCAGAUACUGUUGGAUUAUGAUGCCGAUGUCAAUGCCCAUCCGGCCAAGCUGGGAACAGCUCUUCAGAUAGCCGCAUCAAAAGGCCACCUGGAAACUGUCAAGAUUCUUCUUGAAAGGGAUGCCAAUGUCAAUCUAGUCGCCGGCGAAUUUUCCACAGCUCUCCGAGCAGCAUCGAGUAUGGGCCCCAGAAAGAGCAUACAGCUAUCCCACGACAAACAUGGUGUAAUCAACAUUCAUGCAUUCUUGAAAAACUGGCCCGGAGGGCUCGAUGGAAAGCUUCCGGAGAUCUCAAGAAAUGAUCAUCUGGAGAUAAUAAAAUGCCUUGUCAAUAAGGGUGCUGACAUUAACGCCUAUGGGGAAGGAGAUGGAUAUGCAACUGCACUCCAGGAAGCAUCAAUUCUUGGUCACCUAGACGUUGUUCAAACUUUGCUCGACAAUCAUGCGAACCCCAACGUCUAUGGUGGGAUUAUCGGAAAGCAGAUUGGGACAGCUCUCCAAGCAGCGUGUGCAGCAGGGCAUCACGAGAUUGUUCUGUUGCUUCUCAGGUUUAAUGCAGAUGCUUAUAUCCAGGCCGGUCGUCAUGGGACAGCCAUUCACAUAGCUUCCACAAAAGGCCGCGACGAUAUUGUCCAAGCCUUGCUUGGCAGCUCUCGAAACUAG